UUUGGUUGGAUGUUUUGCCUUCAUCAUUCCAUGUAGCCAUUUCUGGUUAACAACGCCGCAGAGUAGCAUCGCAAAAACCGUCAACUUUAGCCAGCUACUAUGGCACAGGCAGCCCAAGCCUUCGACGCAAACUCUCAGAUCCAGGUGGAGCACGAUAGAAAGCGUCGGCAGUUUGUCAUAAGACUCAAUGGAUCUCACGAUCGAGCAGUUCUUUUGUAUGAAUAUGUUGGGAAGAAGACGGUGGACUUGCAACACACUGAAGUUCCAGAUGCUUACAGGGGGAGAGGAAUUGCCAAACACCUGGCCAAGGCAGCCAUGGAUUUUGUGGUGGAAGAGGAUCUGAAGGCCCACUUGACCUGUUGGUACAUUCAGAAAUACGUCAAAGAAAAUCCUCAGCCUCAGUACUUCGAACAUAUUUAUCAAUGACCCGACAUGGCACCAAAAGACAAGAGAAGGAGGAAGAGACUCCCAGGAGAGAAAUAUGGCAUCAUGCUUUGGAGUUAAAGGCUGAUAAACAACAAAGGACCUUCCAGGCAUUGUUACACAUGACACUGAGUGAAUCUAGAGGCAACUGAUCUCACAGGAAGACUUUUGUGCAAGCUGAAUGUUGGGUCGACUGGUCAGUUCUGUCCAUAACAUGGGGACACGUGCUCACCAGAAACAGGAAGGGAAUCACCUGGUCACGACUUGUAAAAACAUGAGUAAACAAACUAACCAAAGCAGGAGCCUGUUACCUCAGACAGAAACCUUCAGGGUGUAAACACAUCACCGGCUGGAAGACAGGAUUCGUCAUGUAUUGAGAGAACAUGGGAGUCACGUGUUAUGCCGCAAAUUUCUGUCCUCCUUCGGACUCACUGGUUGUGAGCGGUGCUACAAGAUGACCGACCCAGGUGUCUUUCUCCGUGGUGAUUUUAAUGGAACCAAUUAUUGCUUCACUGACACUCAAAUGCUGAUGACUUUUAUAUUUCAACCCCUUUUUGAUAUUUUAUUUUGUCUUUUUUAAAAAAAUUUCCAAUUUACUUUCAACUUCAAUCUUAGAAAUUGCUGAAAUUAGGGCUGAAAUGCUUGUUUAGUAGGCUGUGAAUGCUAAAAGUAUCUUUGAAACGUCAAGCGACUCAAAAGAUGCGUUUCUUUUCUAAGUAACUGCAAAGAGGUAUAUGCAUAACUUUGGUGGGUAAUGGGUACUUAAAAAAUAUAUAAUCUGUAUUUUGAAGACAUUUAUUUCCCCAAACUCUUAAUUUGGUUCCAGUGUUACUCUAUAAACUUGUUUGGAGCCAUAAAUUGAUUAGUCAAUGGUAGAGGGUUUUAUAAACAGAUCCUGAUUCAGAACCAAAGAACACAAAUUGAGGAUUUUUACUCUCUGCAAGGGUAAUUCUGACCAAGCUUCAAGACUUAACUCAUUAUUUUCUCUAUCAUAUGUGUUGAAUAUGAUAGACACACAUGUGAAAAAGUGGGUCUGAAGCCUGUCACUGUGCGGUGCAAUACUUCAGUGUGGAUAUGGAUAAACAUCUCUGCUCAAACCAGCAUUUCAAAAACAGCACUGCUAUCUAUAUUCAGGGCAUUUACAUCCUUUGUUCUGUCAUUCAGGAAAAUGACACUGGGUGGUCGAGGCUUACACACCAGGUUUCCUUGUUGUUGGGUCUGGGUUUUUUUGUGUUUUUUUUCAUCUGCCCACAAGGCUUCUUAAGCCCGCUGAUGUCAAAAUGAUAAAUAUCAUUAUAUGAGAAAAAAAUAACUGAAAACAUGUUUUACUGUGGUUUCUCUGUUUUGGCUCUUCAGGAGCCUUUGCUGUUGACAAUCUCAAGUGUUGAAGAGAAAAAUACCUCAGGUAACUCAAACACUGGCAGGACAGACAACAUGCAAGGCAGAACCUGUCUGCUGUAAGAAUCACUUUGAGGUAACUGCAGGAAACAACUUUCCCUUUGUAACACUUUUCGUUAGGUGACACUCACCUAUUGAUAGGCCAAGGUAUUCAAGGUAUUGUUUCAUUUUUGUGUUUAUGUAUUUGUGUGUAAGUUUCAUCACAACUGCCUGAUUUAACAGUUUUGGGCUGCUGCUCUACCACAUGCGUCAAAAUGUACCAAUUCUUGUUAUAUUGUUUUGUGCUUGAAACUUUUUUUUUGGUCAAUUCUUGUUGUCUACAAAUAAAUAAACCACAUUAUUCACGUCAAA